ACCGCGGGUCAACUUCUUCCAACUCCCACUCAACCAACUUCCGUUUUCCCAUCAAUCACUGCAUUCGCGCGUCAAGCUCUUCCUCGCCCUUACACCAACCACAUAACUUUUUUAUCCUUUGACAAGGACCAUCAAUCAAAAUGACUGGCGGCGGCAAGUCCGGUGGCAAGGCGAGCGGUUCCAAGAACGCGCAAUCUCGUUCAUCUAAGGCCGGUCUUGCGUUCCCUGUCGGUCGUGUCCACCGCCUUCUCCGGAAGGGCAACUACGCCCAGCGUGUCGGUGCCGGUGCUCCCGUUUACCUGGCUGCCGUUCUCGAGUAUCUUGCCGCUGAAAUUCUGGAGCUGGCUGGCAACGCCGCUCGCGACAACAAGAAGACGCGUAUCAUCCCGCGUCACUUGCAACUCGCUAUCAGGAACGAUGAGGAGUUGAACAAGCUUCUCGGGCACGUCACCAUCGCCCAGGGUGGUGUCCUUCCCAACAUCCACCAGAACCUUCUGCCGAAGAAGACCGGCAAGACCGGCAAGAACUUGUCGCAGGAGCUCUGAUUUUCGCGGUUGGGUUUUUUUGCUUUAUUUUCUGGUCGGCACGCUGGGUUCAUGAUAUCGGGGUCACGGUUUCGGGUCAUUGGUUGCUUUUUGCGCGUGUUUGGGCUGUACAUUAAUUCCAUGAUGGGCAUGGUCAUGGUUAUGAAUGAGAAUAUCCUCUGAACAUCCAAAUCCUGACACAGUUUGCUCGA